AUCGUUUCACUAAAAAAUCUAAAUUUUAUCUUCAAAUACAUUUAUAGCGUGUAUUAUACAAUAAUAUUAUAAUAUCGUAUUGAGAAUUAUUUGUACAACUUUGUGAUAAAUAACUACAAAAUUAAAAAGUGUUAAAUUAAUAGAAUAUUUCCUUCCAAAAAUACGUGAUAUUGAAGUAAAACAGAAAACAAACACCACGUUCAAUCCUCGCUAUCCAUUUUUGACAGGAAACGAUAGUUCAGGAAGGAUUAUCGAGGCUUUCUCGCGGUCGAAUAAUUAGAUCCGCUGAAACUCAAUCAAUCUUUCGUUAGGCGUGCCUUGUAAGACGAUUUCGUUAAAUUCAAUUUGCCAGCAGUAAGCAUUACCGACAUUUCAUCGGCAAUAAAACGGCCAUAUAUCGCUGAUAUCGCGAUCAAUAAAAUUUAUCGAUAAAACUUGAUGGAAAGAUCGGAAUUGUCAUAUAAAUACGAACGGCAUGAUGAAACUAUCCAGAGUGCUUAUACACGACGAAUUUUUGUAGUUGUGCGUAACUUGUUUUUCAAAGUAAAAUAUUGAUUAAAAUUUUCCUAUAAUUUAGGUAUGUAUGGGACUAAUUAUCACAUGUUCAGUUUGCAACAGAAAUAACGUUAUCGACCUGGAAAGUUCUCCAUUAAAAAUGUAAGAGAAUGCUCGAAUUGGAAACGGGAAAUAUUUUUUCACGAUAUGAUCGUAUAAAACCUCGGAAUCAGUCAUUAAGAAAUCGUUCGAGGUACUAGUUUCUUGACACUGACGAUCACCAGACGUUGUUUACGCCAGAAUCCAGUGAUUAGACUAAAGACACAGCUUGUUGAGUGGUGCGCAAAUCGAAUGUUUCAUCCGAAAGAACAAAAAACGUGAGGAUUUUCCGAUAGUGGCGAUGCUUUCAUUUUACACGUCCAUCGUGUUCUCAGUAACCGAGCGUAUUAUAAACGUCUGUUACUUUCGAACGAUCAUUAGCCAUUCGUAUCGGUCGAGGACCAUCUAAAAGAAUUUCCGCGAUCCUUGCCUAAUUGAUUCGAAGCUUCACGUUCGUCCAGCGAAAAAGGAAGAAAAGAAAUCAUUUAGGAAAAGGGAACAAGCCAAGACACUAUGAAGGAAUAUCAAAGCAUAAUUUCUGUAUACAAUGUUGCAAUCGGUUUGUUACUAUGAUUCUCAAUGGCAAAAUGAAACAAUACCUUCUUGUAAAGGACAAACCUUCUGCGAGAAUGUUGCGAAUUAUCCCUUUGAUGCGGUGAAGAAAAUAAUUAGCAAACACUUACUUCUUAAAAAUUAUAGUAAUCUCGAUAUGAUAGAACCACUUAAACCCACUCUGCCGAUGUACUCAGAACAUGGAACGAAACUCUGUCAGUCAAUCGAGAAAAUUAUCUUUCCAAAAACGGCGGAAAAUAUGAAUAACGAGUGGUCGUAUGUCCUUAACACUGAUGAUAUAGUACAAGGGGUACACAUAGAAAAAUGCGUCAACGAAGGCAAACGUUGUAGCUCGAUAAAUGGGCUCGCAAGAGGUUACAUAACUGUAUGUAAACAAAGGUACGUUCAUAAUCAACUCCUAGGACUUCAGAAGGGUGGCUCGUAUAGCUAUCAGCAAUUCCGAUUUCCAUCCAAUUGCUACUGUUACAUUGAAUACGUCGGCCCUGACAUACGGCUCGUCGAAGUAGCAGACUUUCAAAACAAAUCAAGCGAUAUCAAUUGACCUUGUUAAAUUCGUCUAAAACAGAUGUCUAUUUUAUAUCGAAGAAUGGAAUAAUUAAGAGGAAAUUCCAUUAUUCUGUGAUUUUUCUUUUUUCAUAACAUUUAUCCUUCUGUUGUAGCUCGUUUAUCCAUAUACUUUUAUUGAUUAUCUAUACUCGGUAUAAUCGGUAUGUAAGAUACAAGAUUGUGCAUAUAAAGCUUCAUAAAAAGAUAAAGAGAAGUGUUUACUGCUGUAAGAAAUUUUUACAGGGCAAUAUUAGGCGAAUAUUAACUGAACAAUUAUAUUUUAAUCUUUUUUA